AUGUUCCUAUGGAUCGACGUGAGGAUAUGCUCUUGGGUAUGCCUGAUGUUCUUCGCCCUACAGCUCGACCGUGGCAACWUCAGCCAGGCUCUCAGCGAUGAUCUCUUGACGGACCUCAAAAUGACCACAAACGACUACAACACGGGGCAGACGAUAUUCUUUUUAUGUUUCCUCUUCGCAGAGCUUCCCUCCCAGCUCAUAUCAAAGGCCAUAGGUCCCGACAAUUGGAUACCCGUGCAGAUGGUAUCAUGGAGUCUAGUUGCAAGUUGCCAGGCAUUCAUGACCGGAAGAUCAGGUUUCUGGACCUGUCGGGCGCUGCUAGGUCUAAUCGAAGGAGGGUUCAUUCCUGACAACGUCUUGUACCUCAGCUACUGGUACACCGGCUUUGAGCUGCCCAUCAGGCUGUCAUUCUUCUGGGUGGCGUAUCAAAGUACCAGCAUUAUAUCCGCCUUCUUGGCUUAUGGAAUCCUACACUUACGUGGUGUUAAUGGCAAACCCGGCUGGGCUUGGCUCUUCGCUCUGGAGGGCAUGUUGACUGGUCUGAUCGGGAUCGUCUCAUACUUCUAUCUACCACCCUCGCCGACCCAGACGGCAUCUUGGUUCAGGRGAAAAGAUGGAUGGUUCAACGAACGAGAAGAAAAGAUACUGGUCAAUCGUGUGCUACGUGAUGAUCCGAGUAAGGGCGAUAUGCACAACCGCGAAGCUCUCUCUCUGGGUAUGUUCUGGAAGUGCCUCAAGGACUAUGACCAAUUCCCUGUCUAUCUCCUUGGUCUAUCAUGGCUAAUCCCAGCCACACCAAUCACGUCUUAUCUGACACUGCAACUGAAGGCCGUUGGCUUCGGGACGUUUAAAGUACAGCUUCUCACUGUGCCUGCUUACGUUUUGUACAUAAUCAACCUGCUAUUCUUCAGCUGGCUCUCCGAGAGGCUGAACGAGCGAUUCUUGCUCGCUACAAUCAGCCAAUGGUGGGCAUUAGCGCUACUCAUCGCCCUGGAAGUGCUCUCUGCAGAUCGCAGUCCUUGGGUAGCUUGGGUUCUCUCGGUAUUGCUCUAUGCCAUGCCAUACUUUCACGCUGUACUUGUCGCAGUGACUUCGAGGAAUGCAGGAUCGGUGCGGACACGCACUGUCGCCACUGCCAAAUACAACAUGUGUGUGCAGGCUUCGAGCAUUGUCGGCACCAAUAUAUAUCGAGAAGAUGAUAAGCCUGUAUAUAGAAGAGGUAACAAGAUCCUCAUUGCUAUCGUAUGUUAUAACAUAGCGCUGUUUGUCGGAGCCAAGGUCUUUUAUGUUCACGUCAAUAAACAGCGCGAUAGAAUCUGGAGUGCUAUGAAGAAGGAAGAGAAGGAAGAAUAUCUCAGGACCACCAAAGAUGAGGGCAACAAACGGCUCGAUUUCCGCUUUGCUCACUAG